GGCUGAGAAUGCAGCUGUAAUUAAAGGGGUUAUAUGAGUGAGUGACGGAGGUGGUGCUAUGUGCCUUUGUCUUGUCUGGAGUACAUCGAAGGACCGUACCUAUCUAUCCUCAAAUUGAGAGGACCGUCAAUACAUGCCGUGGAUAUCAGAGAUUUCGCAGUGCUUCAUAGAUCAGCGUAGCGCAAAUCGCUAUGGAUUUCCAGAGCUGGGUAGUAAUGCGAGAGCUGUGUCCCACCCUCGAGUCUCCGUUUCACAAGGCUAUGUUGCACUCUUUGCCAUGUUCGCAUACUCGAGCAGAAACCAUUUCAGCUAUAGCAAGUGCUCUCUUUUCGUGAUUGGCGGGAAUGGCUUCUGCUCAUUUCUUUUCCUGUGCACAAAAUGCAACUCUGCAGCCCUAUCCGCACCCGUGACCUACUCUUCCUUUGCUGUGUACCUAUCCAAAGAUAGAACAAAGGGGGCCAGGGUCAGAGCAAUACCAAGAGACGCAGGCAACAUGUGUUUCCGCCAUCAGGUCCAAACCGUCGGGACCCGCUCCACAAGAUUGACGAAUUAUUGGGCCAUUCUACCCAAUACUCUUGUAGUCUUCAAUCCCAAAAGAUUCAAAUGUUUAGUGAAAUUGCUGCCGAACUGGGUGGGUCGCACAAACCAGCGACCCGAGCCUGAGGAGACCCGAGACGUGACGAGGGAGUAAGCUGGGUAUUCUGGAAAGAUCUGAUGUGCAUCCCCGCCACGAGCCUCUGAGGCUUUGCUCCCUUCUCUGGGUACGCGGACGGGCAUUAUGUGAGAAUGCUCCGACUCCAGUUGGGCGAACGGGCCAGUGGUUUGGUGCAGGCUUCAAAGGUGUAGGGGAAUUAAUAAUGCGGGAAUCAUAGGAUCUGCCACUUUGGAUAAGGGGCCUUUUGGGGCGAUGAGGGCUUUUGUAAGAUUUCUGAUGAUGACAAAUCGCCUUGGAAGUCCAUGGAGUGGGAUUCAUCGUGCAGUCUGGGAAUAGU